AUGGACAGAAAGAAGUUGAAGUCGGAUGGAGAUACGCCUCCUGGUGAUCUAAUGUCACACGUGGAGCAACGUCUCAGCGAUGAUCAUGGAACUUCUGAGAAGGGGCAUGUCGAGCAUAUCAAUCUCAACAAGAACACCUCUGCCAAGAUCAAGAACCCUCUUGCAGACUUGACCCCCGCUCAGGUUCUUCAAGAUGUUGAGCACUUCGCCAAUGAGCAUGGACUUCAAGACAUCCUCGAUCAUCUGAAGAAGGGUGCUCUUAUUGCGAGGGACCCAGACAACUUCGAAACAUUUGAGAACAUGACUGAUGAGGAAAUCACUGUCAUUACUAACGAGACCACUCACAAGUGGCGCCAGCCAUGGCCGCUCUAUUUCACCAUUGGCCUUUGCUCCAUUGGGGCUGCCGUCCAGGGAUGGGAUCAGACGGGAAGUAAUGGUGCCAACUUGUCUUUUCCUGAUGCCCUGGGCAUCCCAGAGAAAGGUGCACUCAAGGCCAGAAACCAGUGGCUUGUUGGUAUUUUGAACUCUGCGCCUUACCUUGCAACUGCGUUUGGCGGCUGCUGGCUCUCAGACCCCCUUAAUAAGUACCUGGGCCGUCGUGGCGUCAUCUUUAUCUCUGCUAUUUUCUGCUUGCUGACACCAAUUGGCUCUGCUGUCUCUCAAACCUGGCCUCAGUUAUUCGUUACUCGCCUGUUGAUGGGUAUUGGGAUGGGACUGAAAGGAGCCACAAUCCCCAUAUACUGCGCCGAAAAUACCCCUGCAAACAUUCGUGGCGGCCUGGUGAUGUCCUGGCAAUUGUGGACUGCGUUUGGAAUUUUCCUCGGGACUUGCGCAAACCUUGCUGUCAAAGACACGGGUGCCAUAUCCUGGCGCCUGCAACUCGGCUCAGCUUUUAUUCCAGCUCUUCCUCUGGUCUUUGGUGUGUUCUUAUGCCCUGAAUCCCCUCGUUGGUAUCUCAAAAAGGGGUUAGUCAGGAAAGCAUACCAGUCACUAUGCAAGUUGCGUAACAGCGAUUUACAGGCGGCCAGAGACCUCUACUACAUCUAUACCCAGAUCAAGAUCGAAGAAGAGCUUGUUGGUAAGAACAAUUUCCUGGUGCGUCUUGGUGAAUUGUUCACUAUCCCGCGUGUCCGCCGUGCAACCCUUGCGUCAGGGACAGUCAUGCUUGCCCAACAGAUGUGCGGUAUUAAUAUUGUGGCGUUCUAUUCCUCGACAAUUUUUGCUCAAGCUGGGGCAAAUGUGACUGAGGCAUUGCUUGCCUCAUGGGGCUUUGGUCUGAUCAACUUCCUGUUCGCCUUUCCUGCUGUGUUCACUAUCGAUACAUACGGACGCAGGGCCCUACUCCUGUUUACCUUCCCGCAAAUGGCCUGGACAUUGUUGGCUGCAGGGUUUUGCUUUUACAUACCACAGGGGCAGACUGCACACCUAGCCUGCAUCUCUCUUUUCGUCUUUAUGUUUGCGGCAUUCUAUUCAGUCGGCGAGGGACCUGUUCCUUUUGCUUACUCUGCCGAGGUAUUCCCUUUGUCGCAUCGAGAGAUUGGUAUGUCCUUUGCUGUGGCGACAAACCUCUUUUGGGCAGCCGUGCUCAGCAUCACAUUCCCACGGAUGCUGGAGGUUAUGACGCCAACAGGAGCUUUCGCCUUUUACGCGGGCUUAAAUGUUACAGCAUGUAUCAUGAUCUUCUUCUUAGUUCCGGAGACUAAGCAGCGCACCCUGGAGGAGCUGGACUACGUAUUUGCUGUUCCUGUUCGUAUGCACUCCGGCUAUCAACUCAAGAAAGCACUCCCAUACUGGGUAAAGAGAUAUAUCUUUCGACGCAAUGUCAAGCUGGAGCCUCUGUACCAGUUUGACCACGUAGCGACGCGGACCUAACGGAAGAGGUAG